AUGUUGAAGAGGUAUACUACGCAUCGAUACUAUAUCAAUCUUUUAGGUUCCACUGAGAAGGAUGAAGAACACCUCAUGCCAGACGACAUGAGCGCAAGGCUUGACAUGAUCGACCUUGAGAAACUGAAAGAGAGCGCCGGGCGGCACAUGUUCAAGGACAUAUUUCCUAAAUUUGACCCUGGGCACUUCACAGCAGCUUCGUUGGAGCCAUCGGAGGGCAUCUUCCUCAAGAAACCGCCCCUGGUUGUUCCUUUCCCUGAAUAUCUCGAGGAGCUUAAGAUGGUGAAGGAUGACUUCCUGGUGGAAGCUCGGGCGUGUGAGGUGCUGCGACACUCACCGCAUCCCAAUAUCGCGAAGUUUUUGGGAUGCCGCGUGCAAGGUAAUCGAAUCACGGGAUUCUUCUACGAGCGGUGCGUCGAUUUUAUGGGGCUACGUCAACCAGUGAACGUCGAAAAGUUCAUAGAUGAUGUGAGGAAGGGGAUUGAGCACUUGCACAGCUUGGGAUACUGUCACAAUGAUAUAUGCCCCUUUAACAUCUUCGUGAAAAAAGACGGCACAGCGACCAUCAUCGACUUCGACUCGUGCCGCCCUGUAGGUGAGACUUUGACAAAGAGGGGAAACGGCGGGUUCUUCGAUAAGGAAGCAGACGCAGCAUCUAAAGUCAACCCAGUCUCAGCUUUCGAGCACGACUGGUACGGACUGAGAAAGACGAAGGAGUGGUUAAUUGAGUGGAACAAGCAAGUAUCUCGCAAGCAGAAUUCUGGAUAA